AUGAAAGAAUUCCAAUUUGACCCAGACUCUUUUUCGAAAGUAACGUACAAUAUUGGAGGCAUUUUAACGUAUGUCUACAAUUCGGACCAAUUAGUUUCGUACGUUGAAAAAUUUAACAAGUUUGAACAUCCUAUCGAAGCAAUUCCAAUCAAUGUAGUUUACUUAAUUCAUCAAAGGUGUGGCAGCCACAAGCAUACCGAAGCAAUUGCCUACAAUUAUUUGAAACAAUUUUAUGACAAGAAAUCCCAAGAUUAUGAUAUUCCGUUAAUUUGCGUUACAUUCGACAAUCCUAACCAUGGACAAAGAUUGGUAAAUGAGCGUAGCAACUCCGGUUGGGCGAAAAACAAUGAAACACACGGUGCUGAUAUGAUGUCAAUUAUUGAAGGGACUAUCCAAAAUAUAAGAUUGAUAAUGGAUUAUUUACCAUCUUAUUUGAACUUGGACUAUUAUUUAACUAAUACCUUUAAGAGUAUUAACCCCGGAACCGAAAUCAAAUUCAACAAUAUCUUGACUGGUUACUCUUUAGGUGGGCAUGUGGUGAUUCGUUACGGUAUAGCCCAUCCUCAGGACGUUAAAAUUAUCGGACCAGUUAUUGGGUGCAGUGACUUGACUUCAUUAUUGGUGACCAGAUUGAAAUCAAUUACCAACAACGAUAAGAAAUACUUUUAUUUCAACUACGAUGAAUUGGAUCUCACCGAUCAACAGAAAAAGCAAUACCCAGAAACAUUACAUAAAAGAAUCUCGAAACAAGACCAAGCAAUUUUUGAAAACUAUCCAAUGAAUAAAAUCAAAAUGUUUGCAUGUUUUGGGAGUGAAGAUAAAUUGGUGCCUCACAGUUUAAGUUCGGUUUGGUGUGAUUUCUAUAUGAACACCAAUGGUGCUAGCAGUACUUAUGUUGCUGAAGGAGUUGGACAUGAUGUCACUGAUGAGAUGAUUGACAAAUUCACAACCUGGUUAGUUAAGAACAUUUAG